AUGUUUAAGGACAUGAUCGGGAAAACCGUUGAAGUUUACAUCGACGACAUGGUGGUCAAAUCCAAGCAGAAGGAAUCUCAUCUUUCUGAUCUGAAAAGAACCUUUGAACGACUGCGGCAAUAUGGAAUGAAGUUGAAUCCUGCCAAAUGUUCUUUCGGACUCAUGUCCGGGAAGUUUCUUGGAUAUAUGAUGACACAGAGAGGAAUUGAAUCCAAUCCAGAACAAGUAAGAGCAAUACAAGAGAUGCAUUCACCUAGAAGUGUGAAAGAAGUACAAAGACUUACUGGGAGAUUGGCCGCAUUGAGCAGGAACGCAGAGAAGUUUGGUUGGAGUGACGACUGUGAGCGUGCUCUAAACGAAAUGAAAAGGUACUUGACCUCUCCUACUGUACUUACAAGCCCCAAGACGGGACAAACCAUCUACAUAUAUCUGGCUUCAAGUGAGUUUGUUGUGAGUGCGGUUUUGUUUGUCCGAGAUCCUGACGAAAAGCCAGUAUAUUUCGUUAGCAAAUCGUUAACAGACGCUGAGACCAGAACUGAUGAUUCAAGUAGAUUGACCACAUGGGAUACUUACCUUGGCGCAUACACCAUUGAUUAUGAACCAAGGACGGCAGAAAAAGGACAUGCUUUAGCAUCGUUAAUGGAAGAUUUCCCAGUAGAUGAUAUUGUCGUUUCCGAGUCUAUUCUCGACGAGGAAAUCCUGCAUGAAACAGAGAAUAUGUCACCAAUACCAUUGCCAUGGGAAAAAGUGAAAACAAGUAAAAAGGCUUCAAAGGAAAUACAUGUGCAAAAGAGUAUUGAAGACUCAACAUCGGCCGAGUACGAGUCUGCAAUAUCAGGUCUAAAAACAGCACUCCACUUGGGGGCGAGGAGAGUCAUACUGACAACCGAUUCAAGGUUAGUUGCCAACCAGUUCACUGGUGCAUACAAAGCCAAGAAUGAGAAGUUAGCCUCCUAUUUAGAAUAUAUUAGCGAGUUGGCAAAAGAAUUUGAAGAUUUCAGCAUCGAGCAAAAGCCAAGGCUUGAGAAUAGGCAUGCAGAUUCCCUGGCGUACCUGUCAGCGGCAGUAGAGUCAGAUUCAACACGGUAUAUCAUAGUUGAUUUCCAAGAAUUUCCUAGCAUUCAUAACACUGUGGCGACUGCACAUAGAAUUUGUGCAAAUGAAAACGAGGGUAGUUCAUCUGAAAUCCAACAAGAUCCUAUGAAUAUUGAUGAUAUGGACAAUGGUCAAUCCGAAGAUUGGAGACAACCGUAUGUUCGUUACCUACAAACAAAAGAGCUCCUACAAGAUAAGUACCAAGCUGGGAAAAUUAUGAAGACUGCUUGGAGGUAUGCUUUGAUAGAGGAUGAACUCUAUAAAAACCCAAUCUCGAUGGAACCAUACCUGCGGUGUGUAACUCGUGAUGAGGGGAUGAAAUUGUUAGCUGAGGCGCAUGAAGGUUGUUGUGGCAAUCAUUCUGGAGGCAGGAGUUUGAACGAUGCAAAGGAGUACACGAAGAAAUGCGUAUCUUGUCAGAUGCAUGGUCCUCUAAUAAAGAGACCAGCAAAUGAGCUGCAUCCAGUUAUGAGCGCAUGGCCAUUCAGUAAAUGGGGUUUGGAUAUUGUAGGUCCGUUCCCAGCUGCACCUGAGGGUGUCAAAUAUAUGUUGGUUGCUACUGAUUAUUUCACCAAGUGGGUAGAAGCAGUGGCACUUGUAAAAACAGAGGAAGUGCAUGUCCGCAGGUUCAUUUGGGAAAACAUUGUCUGCAGUUUCGGUAUACCAGCAACGAUCGUUUCUGAUAAUGGGAAGCAAUUCGACUCUGAAAAAAUCAAAUCUUUGUGUGAAGGGUUACACAUUAAACACAACUUUUCCACCCCAUACUAUGCGCAGAGUAAUGGGCAGGCGGAGGCGACAAAUAAGGUUAUCCUAGAUAAUCUGAAGAAAACCUUGGAUAAAGCUAAAUGA